GCGCUGAUUGGCUGACACCCUUCGUUCAGAGAGAUUGUCAGUCAGCUGGAGCUCGAGGAAAAUAACAGUUGCCUGUGGUUUUUAUCUGUUGGGGAUUCUGGACCUGACGUAUUUUGUUUUUGCGUUUAUAAAACUUUUAAUUCGCCAUUGCGAAGCCUCCGAUACAUUAUUUUACUGAGAGGAAAGCGAGAAGGCAGUGUUGUUAUCGCACACCUUUUUUAACUAUAGGUGACGGUGGGUGUUGCUAAUUCUAUCCCAUCACCGCGGGUCUCUCUCGGUCUGCUUCCUGGGCGACUGGCAGCUUUGUGUCCUAUUCCAAGGCAAGCCUGGUGCCCUGUCCUGUUGUCUGGAGUAUCUCGUUGUGGAUGACUAAGCUGACGGGGCUCUGUGCCUGUGGCCGCCGGGCGGGCCGAUGCUAGGAGCGGGGGAAACAUAGCGGUGUGGGUCGGAGAGGAGAUGUCAGAGCGGGGAUGCCUUGUCUUGGAGACAGUGUUGUAGUCGAGGGUAUACACGAGUGUACACAGUAUACGUACCUCUCUGACUUGGCGUAUAGACUAGCGGACCAACUUUUCAGCCUAACUAGUAGUGACUCAUAUAUGGAUGGUGGGGUCGCAGUAUGCCCACCCCCUCAACUACCAAUACACCACUGGCCGGAGGAAGUAGCAGUGCCGGAGGAGGAGAAGAAGAGGGGCCCAUGUCUGUCACCUCCACCUCUUCUAUCGGCUCCUCUUUCCGGUUCGUCCCGGCUUUCUGCCUGGGCGUGGUGGCAGCAGUAGUAUUUCAGCUGGCCUGGGGAGGCCUGACUCUCACCUCUUUCUUCUUGAAGUUGUUCAUUUAUGUGUCAUUCGCCCUACUUUGUUUCCUGGCUGGGAGUUUUGUUCUGCUGGUCAGGAAGAGUCCUCUCAAAGUCAGCUGCUUUGACAGAAACAGAAGGCAGUCAGCUGCACGGCUGGAAUUCUUCAACAAGCUUAUGGCCCGUUUUGUGGUGCCAGUUCAGGAGUCAAGCCAGAGCAGGAGGGUGGUGGUGUCACACAAUGUGGACAAAGCUUUGAAGGAAGUGUUUGACUAUGCCUACAGAGACUACAUCCUGUCCUGGUACAUCCCUCUGAGUCAUGAUGAGGGCCAGUUGUACUCCAUGCUGUCGGAGGACUGGUGGCAGAUGAUUGGCCAAUUGCGAUCCAGGCUCGCUGACAUUGACCUUGUCAACGUGGUGUGUUAUGACACCAUCCGAAUCCUACACACACACUUCACGGACCUCAAGGCUGCAUCUGCAAGACCAGAGGAGUGUGCUCGACCGUUUCCUCUCCAUCCCUGUUUGGUCAGUCCUGACUCUGAGCUGGCCUUCCUCCGCUGUGUAGCCAGAAUACUGCUGCUAUGUCUGCUGCCACAAAAGGAUGCCAAGUCCCAUACACUACGCUGCUGCCUCACAGAAGUCAUCACUACUAAAGUGUUGAAGCCUUUGGUAGAAGUGCUCAGCGAUCCAGACUCCAUAAACAGGAUGCUGUUGUCUCAGCUGGAGCAGAGGGAGCAGCAGGCUGAGCAGCAGAAGAAAGCCUACACCUACGCUGCCUCCUAUGAAGACUUCGUCAAACUAAUAUCAACUUCAGCUGAUGUCAAUUUCCUCAAACAACUCAGGUAUCAGAUAGUGGUAGAGAUUAUUCAUGCCACCACCAUCAGCAGCCUCCCUCAGCUCAAGAAGCAGAAAGAACGAAAAGGUAAAGAGUCAGCAGCCAUGAAGGCCGACCUGCUGAGGGCCAGAGAUAUGAAACGAUAUAUCAAUCAGCUGACGGUUGCUAAGAAACAAUGUGAGAAACGGAUCCGCCUACUCGGUGGACCAAACUACGAGAGCACUGAGGAAGGAGGGGCUGAUGACAGCGAUGAGCCUCAAAGUCAGAAGAUUCUCCAGUUUGAUGACAUCAUGUGUAAUCCAGGUUACAGGGAGCACUUCAGAGUUUACAUGGAGAGAGUUGAUAAGAGAGCUCUGAUUAGCUUCUGGGAACUGGUGGAAACACUGAAAACUGCCAACAAGAAUGAAGUGCCCCAAAUUGUAGGGGAAAUCUACCAGAAGUUCUUUGUGGAGAGCAGGGAUAUUCCCGUGGAGAAGUUUCUCCUCAAGGAGAUCCAACAGAGUCUGGUGGGGAACAGAGGAACUCAAGUAUUUGUUAGACUACAAGAACAGGUGGCUGAGCAGAUGAGAGAGCGUUACUACCCCUCCUUCCUGGUUUCUGACCACUACGAUAGGCUGAUCAGACGAGACGAGCAGCAUAGCCAAUCACAGUGUAGCACUGAGGAAAAGGAGGAAGGGUGCCAGGGUCUAGAUGCAGGAGAGGAGGUGGGUGACGAAGGCAGUAAAGGAAUCAAUGAGCAGGCCAGCUACGCUGCUACGAAACUCCUUCAACUCUACGACAAACUGGAGUACAAGCGACAGGCCCUGGGCUCUAUCCAGAAUGCACCCAAACCAGAUAAAAAGAUUGUAAGUAAACUAAAGGAAGAGAUCGGAGCCAUGGAGAAAGAACACAGUGAACUCCAGCAACAUAUCACCAGGACUGACUGGUGGUGUGAAAACCUGGGGCACUGGAGGGCUACUAUCACUACUGCUGAGGCUACAGAAGAGGGUGGUGAGACCGUAGCUUGUUACAGUGUGUGUGUUAGCCUGGUAGAAGGAGAGGAGACGGCCAACAGUCGCUGGAGCGUCCAGAGGAAACUCACUGAAUUCCAGAUAUUGCAUCGCAAACUCACUGAGUGUUUUCCAUCAUUGAAGAAACUCCAGUUACCAUCACUCAGUAAACUUCCUUUCAAAUCCAUCGACCAGAAAUUCUUAGACAAGAGCAGAACUCAGCUCAAUGCCUUCCUCCAGCGUCUGCUGACAGAUGAGCGUUUGUGCCAGUCAGAGGCUCUCUACGCAUUCCUCAGCCCGUCCCCAGAGCACCUCAAGGUGAUGUCAAUCCAGAAGAAAUCGUCUUUCUCUCUGGCCUCCUUCCUGGAAAAGCUACCCGGAGACUUCUUCUCCCAUACUGAGGAGGAGGCUGAUGAUGACAGUGACUUGUCGGACUAUGGCGAUGAAGCAGACGGGCGGAGAGACGCCCUGGCUGAACCCUGCUUCAUGCUCAUAGGAGAGAUCUUUGAACUCAGAGGAAUGUUUAAAUGGGUGAGGAAGACUCUAAUUGCACUAGUCCAGGUGACAUUUGGACGAACUAUCAACAAACAGAUCCGGGACACGGUAAACUGGAUCUUCUCUGAACAGAUGUCGGUGUGUUACAUCAGUGUGUUCAGGGACACCUUCUGGCCCUGCGGGAAGUUGGCGCCACACGUCAAGGUCCGAACUGACAUUGAACGCAGUGAAACUAAGGAACGGGCUCAACAGAAACUACUUGAAAAUAUCCCAGAUGCACUAGCAAAUUUAGUUGGCCAGCAGAAUGUCCGCUACGGAAUCAUCAAGAUCUUCAAUGCCCUGCAGGAGGCUAAUGCCAACAAACAUCUUCUCUAUGUCUUGAUGGAAAUGUUACUCAAGGAAGUGUGCCCUGAACUCAGCGCGGAGGUGGACAACAUGUGAACACACACACACACACACACACACACAGACACACACACGCAGCGUCUUUGGAUCUUUCAGGCCUAUCUGUAGCUGUCCAAUCAUAAACUGCCAAGCCAAACUAGGCUAGGGAGAUGGCCUUUUGGUUCAACCUCAGACAGAAAGCAGCUGUGUUGGUCAGAACUGAGACACAUGCUGAUUCUGUCGGUAGAACUUUGCUGUGAAAUGAUGAAAAGUUGAGCUAUGACCAGACUUAAAGGGGCUGCUGUUUGAUUUUGUUGUAGUACAGAUCUAAACUUGUCUGUUCUGAACAAGGAGAAAUCCACAUGGAGCCUGACCUUUUCCUAUUUGGGCAGCCGUCUAACUAGACAGAUCACAUUUAUACCUGGAAGUCCACAUUCACACAAGAACAAAUUGUAUUUUUGACAUUAUGUGACUCAAGUGUACAGUUUUUUUGUUUUGUUAUUUCAAUAGCACUGAAACAUCAGAUCUGUACCACAACAAAUAUUUAGUUCCUGUGUAAAUUAUGGUGGUAUAUACAUUACAAGGCAGAGUAACAAUUUGUGAAAGGAAACAACUUGACCGUUUGGUCAUCAGUUUAUCUAAAGACCUUGAUUUAAAUGCAGCAAAGACAGUUGAAGUUCAGAUUUCCUGUCACCCUCUGAAGGCAACCAGUGUGUCAUUGCCCACAGAGCUGUGAACAUUCCUCCUACACACAACCUGAGCAACAACACUUGUGUUCUGUGAUUCUCGUUAAGGCUUAUAAUUGUGCAAUAUAAUGUUGUGUAAAAGUUAUUGUGAUGAUUUUAUUUAUGAUUAUUAUUGAUAGAUUUUAUUUUUACCACAAAUUGUUUAGAGAGCGUUUGUAUAAGCAAUAAACUGCAAACAAAAAGUG